AUGAACGUCAAGGUAUACAUUGCCGUGUAUGCAAUUUUGACCAUUGGAGCCGAUGAUCUUCUAGUCGACGUACCAGAGAUGCGCACAUUUGCCCUGAAAUUCGGCAAGGCAGAGCCCCAAGGCCACCCUCACUUAGAUUGCCUUGCACGUCAUCUGACAAUCGAGACUCCCAAGUAUUUUGGAGACUCUGGAACGAACAUCAUCAUCGGCUCCACCCUCGACGCCAUCAACGGCCUUGCAUUAGAGGCGGCAUUCCCAGGAGGGUUUCCAAAAGCGACAGCCGGAUUUUCUUUGUGGAUGCGGGUCGAAAAUGGUUACGUGCAGAUUGUACCAAACUUGCGCGAUAUCAUAUGCUAUGUGAACGACAUUAUCUCCUUCUAUAAGGAGCGAGUUCUUGCAAAGGAGAACAGUCUCAUUUCCAAUCUCGCCCAGGAAAAGACAGAACUAUUCGGAGGUCGCUAA